AAGACCAAUUUGAUCCACGCACUGUCCAAAAGGGGUAAAUCAGUCAAUUCACAUCACUCUUUUCUUUCGCUUUCUCUCACCAACCAUAAAUCCCCAGAAUCCUACCCUCACCCCACCAUCUUCUUCAUCUAACACCGUUUCUCACGUCGCUCGCCGUUUCGUGCCACACAAAAGGAAAGGCCGAAGACGCCGUCAACUUACUAACACUGUCAGUCAGAGUGUAAAUCUAGAAUCGGAAGAGAUUAGGGUCUUGAAGAAAUCGGCGUCAUGGGCGGAGAUGGAGCGACGGCCAACGCGGAGGCGCAGUACGCCUCUGCCAAGAUAUCAGUGUGGUGGGAUAUCGAAAACUGCCAUGUGCCCAAGGGUUCGGAUCCGCACGCGAUCGCGCAGAACAUCAGCUCCGCGUUGGUUCGCAUGAAUUACCGCGGCCCUGUCUCCAUCUCCGCCUACGGAGACACCGCCACGCGCAUCCCACCCUCUGUACAACACGCCCUCUCCAGCACCGGAAUUUCCCUCCACCACGUCCCUGCCGGUGUGAAAGACGCAAGUGACAAGAAGAUUCUUGUUGACAUGCUAUUCUGGGCAGUGGAUAAUCCCGCACCCGCCAAUUAUUUGUUAAUUUCGGGUGACCGAGACUUCUCAAAUGCUCUCCAUCAACUCCGGUUGAGGAAAUAUAAUAUUCUUCUUGCGCAACCUCAGAAGGCGUCAGCACCCUUGGUCGCUGCUGCUAAGAAUGUAUGGCUUUGGACUAGCCUAUUAGCGGGAGGACCUCCUCUGUCUAAUGGUGAAUCACAACAACUCGGUAAUGGUAGCCUUAGCCAUGUCUCAUCUUCUGACUCCUUACAAAUCCCAGUUACAAGUACUUCUCAGAUGCAGCAACAAGUGGAAUCCCAUUCAGAAGUUCAUGCAGGAAAUUCAAAAUUUCCAAAUGGAGGCAGGGGAUUCGACGCUAGGUUUCAGGGUAAACCUAAUUGGAGAAACCCGAGCCAAUCAAAUGCACCCAGAGCCAUGAAUCCACUGCCACCUGGACCUCAUGAUAAUCGUAAUCGUAAUAAUAUAAACUCUUAUCGACCUGGCAACUUUAAUCCAAAUGUCCCGCUGAGUGGAUCUGCUACAAAUUAUGUUCAUGGUAACAGUAAUCUACAGGGCAAUCAUCAAGUUCCUUAUUCCCAGCCAUUAAGACCAAAUAACUUCCCAUUGCAGCCUCCUUUUGCACCUAGUAAUUCAUAUACUCCAAAUCCCCAUACUUUUGCACCUCCAACAGUGCCACCUAGGACUGGUGGACCCAAUUUCAAUUCAGGGCCACAUACCAAUGUGCCAGAUAUUGGUAAUCUAAACAUUUCGGGAUAUCCUAAUAGUGUUCAUAACCCACCACCAACUAUUCAACAACGGAAUGGAGAUUUGAAACAAAAUCCUAACAGUAGUGCUCCACAUCUUUUAAGAUCAAUUGAUGAAAAAAAUGGACAUGUGGCACAUAAUAGUGGCACACAACAAUUACGCCAAGGUUAUCAACAUGGUCCAGAAUAUCAACCAAUGCCAUUGGCAGCAAUGGGUAAUAAUAAUCCUCCUGGUAGUGGUAUGUGGGGUUCUCCAGGAUGUCCUAAGCCUUCUGAAUAUGUACAAGGCCUAAUAGGGGUUGUUUUACUUGCCUUGAACUCACUAAAAAAUGCAAAGAUGAUGCCAACUGAGGCAAAUAUAAGUGAUUGCAUCCGGUUUGGAGAUCCCAAGCACCGUAACACUGAUGUUAAGAAGGCUCUUGAAAGUGCUAUUGAGCAGAAUAUGGUUGUGAAACAGAAUUUAGGUGCUUUGCCAUUGUAUGUUGGUAAGAAUGAUAAACUUUGGAAGUGCAUCAAUCCUUUAGGUGGUAAUCCUAAGCAGCACUCAAAAGAAACAUGGGAUCAAAUUGAAAAGUUUUUAACAACUCCUGCUGGAAGAUCAGCAGUAAUGGCUACUGUGUGCAAUUAUGAAGCAGGUAUUGUGAUUAAGAAUUUGUGCUUCAAAGAUCUAGCUUUGGGUGAUGUCCUUCAGAUAUUGAACAUGUUAAUUACCCAUAAAAAAUGGAUUGCACAUCCUCCUUCCGGUUGGCAACCACUUAGCAUUGCUCUACCUGAGACAAGCCCUGAUCCAGGGGUUGUAGCUGGAGUAUAACCACAUUUUGAAUAUGGUAAUGGAAAGGCACCCAGACAAAACUCAAUGAAUAUAGUACAAGCCAGAGCUCUAGGAAUUUUGAUGGUAUAAUCCUUUCUUUCCCGUCUGAAUCAAAAAAGGUAGGUAGUAAUGGUGAACUGUAAUACAAAAAGCAUCUUCAAUAGUUGAAAUAUACCAAACACUUAAGUUUGGUCUGGUUGUUGAGGUUUCUACGAUGGCCUGCUUUGCAUCGCAAUGGAUCUAUCUUGGAAUUAGUGACUUCUUUUGUCAUGAGCUUCUACGCAACUUUUACCUUCCUACAGAUUUAUUAUAUUUUGCCUAGAGUUUACCUUAUUUGGCUGAACUCUUCGGAUCCUUUUAUUGAUAUAUUUUAAGUAGUUUCCGGAAUACUGACCAAGUAAGUAUCUGUCUUGCACUUGUGCUGGAUAUUGAUGGACCUUUGAUCUAGUUAGGUAAACCAUCCUCAAUGCUGUUAUCACUUGGAAAGUGAUGUAUCUACUCAAUCAAAUUCUUCAGGGUGAACUGUGGAAUGCAAGUCCUGAAGCUGUUUUAUUGCCUUAUUGUCUUGUUCGUUGGUGGUUGCCUGUUUUGGAAAUGCUGCAGGAAGUUAAACCACUGUACAGAGAACACUUAAUUUGCACAAAAAUUCACUCUUAAUUCUGCAUGAAGCUCUUGAUUUGUUAUCUCAACACAAAUACUCAGUAUGAUUAUGAUCUGAGAAUUUGACUAUGAAAAUCACGUUAUGGAGUACUCAAAAUGAUUCAAAGAUGGUGAAAUCAAAUGGUAGGGCUUCCUUCUGCAUCUCUUGCUGAUGGUGCCUACAUAGUUGUGAUAUUUACUAUACAUCUGGAAUUAGCUUCUGGAUACCUGGCUCAGUGGGGGAAUUAAUCUGGUCUUGCCGCUUCCUAUACCUUGUAAUGUUAUCGGAAUUUAAAUUUCCAUUGUAUGAUAUUGUUUAGCUUCCUAUACCUUCAGCUUUGAGUUAUAUUUUGACUUGUGUUUGUUGGAGACUGGAGCAUAGUACAAUUUGUGGUUAAUCUGAUUAUACUUUCUUAAUCUUUGGAAUAGUGUGAUUGAUGGCCACUGGUGUUGGCUCAGACCUCUUCAACAUGUGUACAUAAACUCAGAUUUGGAUUUGGUGCAUCCACCAAGUAAUGUACCUUUCUAUUUUCUUUUA